GUUGCACACGUGAGACAGUCGUCGCAGCAGCAGUGUCAAAUCCGCGUCACUGGCUCGCGAGGGAUCGCGUCUUCGCUCGGUAAAAAUCGCGUUGCGGCGCGAGGCUACGAAGGUUGCGAGUAUUACUACGCCGCACAUUGUGCGCGAAGGAAACGAACGCGAGGAGUAGAGGGAGAGAGAGAGAGAGAAAGAGUGCGAGAGUGAGUAAGGUGACAAUUGGCGAGGCGGAUUCGUAGAGAGUGAAAGAGAAGGAGAGAAGGGAAGAGGACGGGCUGCCAGCAGGAAGUGGGCGGCAAGGAGGGGGAACGUCGAAGGCAGUUGAGUCGGUGGUGGUUACAUGUGGAUAUCCGCCGGUCGCGACGAGAACUUUCGUGUCGCAAGGGAGCAGGCGUAAAAUCUCCUCGCGUCGAAUCGCUGAGGACGGGACCCAUUAAUCGAAUCGCGCCGUAAAUCGAGUAAUAUUCUGCCGUAACCAUGCAGAUGGAUCCGACGACGUUGCAGCUGAUCCAGGUCCUUGAAAGGACCGUCUCAUCGGAUAAGAAUGAACUGGUGGCGGCGCAGAACUUCCUCCAACAGGCAGCCGAGGCUAAUCUCCAUGAAUUCGUGCAACGACUCAGCGCCGUGCUGGUCACAGUCGGUGCGAGCCCCGUCGCCCGCAUGGCAGCGGGUCUGCAGCUCAAAAACCAACUUACCUCCAAAGAUCCUGACAUGAAGUUCCAGUACCAGCAACGCUGGCUUACUAUUCCCGCUGAAACUAGGGAAUACAUCAAGAAAAAUAUUUUGGGAGCGUUGGGAACGGAAACCAAUAGGCCAAGUUCCGCGGCGCAAUGCGUCGCUUAUGUCGCUGUUGCCGAGUUGCCUGUGGGGCAAUGGAGCGAAUUAAUUCCAUUGUUAGUCAAUAAUGUUGUCAACCCGUCCAGUACCGAAAUGAUGAAGGAGGCUACGCUAGAGACUAUUGGGUAUAUCUGCCAGGAAAUUGAGAGCGAAGUACUGGUGUCGCAAUCAAACGAGAUUCUCACCGCUAUCAUUCACGGUAUGAAGGGUUCCAGCACGUCGAAUCACGUUCGACUGGCGGCUACGAGUGCUCUGUACAAUUCUCUGGAAUUCACCAAAGGAAAUUUCGAGAAGGAGACGGAACGAAACUUCAUAAUGGAAGUCGUGUGCGAGGCUACUCAAUCCAGCAACACUCAGAUCAAAGUAGCUGCGUUGCAGUGUCUUGUGAAAAUUAUGUCGCUGUAUUACCAAUACAUGGAACCGUACAUGGCGCCAGCACUGUUUCCUAUAACCUUGGAGGCUAUGAAGUCUGAGACUGACGAAGUAGCGUUGCAGGGAAUUGAAUUUUGGUCGAACGUCUCGGACGAGGAAGUUGACUUAUCAAUGGAGGAGGGAGAGGCGACAGAGGAAGGUCGGCCGCCACUGAAAGUUUCUCGACAUUACGCCAAGGGAGCAUUACAAUAUCUGGUACCGGUAUUGAUGAAAAAACUAACCAAGCAAGAGGAAUUUGACGACGAGGAUGAUUGGAAUCCAUCAAAGGCCGCUGGAGUUUGCUUGAUGCUUCUGUCUAGUAGUUGCGAGGAGGCUAUUGUGCCGUUCGUUCUUCCGUUUGUUAAGGAUAAUAUCAAGAGUCCCGAUUGGAGGUAUAGGGACGCCGCUCUGAUGGCGUUUGGAUCUAUUCUCGGUGGUCUAGAGCCCGCUACGUUGAAACCGCUAGUCGAACAGGCCAUGCCAACUCUCAUCGAACUGAUGUACGACAGCAGCGUGGUCGUUCGCGACACGGCGGCGUGGACGUUCGGCCGCAUAUGCGAGAUGAUACCGGACGCGGCGAUUAACGAGACCUACCUGAAACCGCUGCUGGAAUCCUUGGUGAACGGACUGAAGGCGGAGCCACGGGUCGCCGCUAACGUUUGUUGGGCGUUCACCAGUUUGGCGGAGGCGAGUUACGAGUCGGCCGAGGCUGAAGAUGGCAAUCAGCCGGAGACGUAUUGCAUGUCGCAGUACUUUGAUUUUAUCAUUCAACGACUCUUGGAGACCACAGACCGACCAGAUGGGGCGCAGGCGAAUCUACGAUCCGCUGCCUACGAGGCACUCAUGAAAAUGGUGAAGAACUCACCGCGCGACUGUUACACGACUGUGCAAAAAACGACAAUGGUGAUACUCGAUAGGUUGCAGCAGGUGUUGCAGAUGGAGUCGCACAUACAGAGCUACUCGGAUCGCGCGCAGUACAACGACCUUCAGUCGCUGCUCUGUGCGACCUUGCAAUCGGUGUUGGGCAAAGUUACCGUGGAGGAUGCUCCCCAAAUAUCCGACGUGAUUAUGACCGCUUUACUGGCGAUGUUCAGCUCGAAUUCCUGUAAAUCGGGCGGCGUGCAGGAGGACGCGCUCAUCGCGGUCUCGACCCUCGUCGAGGUGUUGGGCGAGGGCUUCCUCAAGUACAUGGAGGCGUUCAAGCCCUACCUAUGUCUCGGCUUGAAAAAUCAUGCCGAGUAUCAAGUAUGUUGUGCGGCGGUUGGUCUCACCGGUGACAUUUGCCGUGCGCUCAAGAGCAAGAUGUUGCCCUACUGCGACGAGAUCAUGACGUUGCUGCUCGAGAACCUCAGUAACAACGCGGUCCAUCGCUCGGUCAAGCCUCAGAUCUUCUCAGCUUUUGGAGACAUCGCUCUGAGUAUCGGGCCCGAGUUCAAGAAAUACCUGGAGGUCGUGCUGCAGACUCUGGUACAGGCUUCCCAAGCUAAUGUCGACCGGAGCGACUAUGACAUGAUUGAUUACUUGAACGAGCUGCGCGAAGGCGUGCUCGAGGCUUACACCGGCAUAGUGCAGGGUCUUCGCGGUGACGGGAAUAAUUGUUCGGAUUCCGCCAUCUCACUGAUCGAGCCGCACGUGCCAUUUAUCAUACAAUUUAUCACUUCAAUUGCGCAAGAUCGCGAGCACUCCGAAGGUAAUGUGUCCGCAGCGGUUGGUUUGUUGGGUGAUCUCGUUACAGUAUUUGGAGUCAAACUGUUGCCCAUGGUGGAAACAGAGCCACUCAACGAGCUGUUGACCAAGGGCAGGAAGUCGCGCACUCAUAAAACUAAACAGCUGGCGAGCUGGGCUGCAAAGGAGAUUCGAAAGCUCAAGACUGCCACCAAUGCUACGUCCAGUUGAUCACCCCACGGUUGUACUGUCGUGCAAUUUGAUUUGACUAGAAAGCUAUCAAACACGAUACAAAGACAACAAGAUUGGAUGGUGCGGAUGCGAGUUGAUGGAUGUGCGUGAGUUCCGAAGCGAUGACGAGAUGGAGUGAUGAGUCUGCACGUGUCCCUAUCUGGCGACGGUAUUUUAUCGAUACAAUAUCGGCGUCAAAAAAACGCAACCCAUCUAAUUUGAAAGACAGGGAUUUUAGCGAGAAAGCGAGAGCGAAAGAAAGCGAGAAUGAGAGAGAUUGAGAGAGAGAGAGAGAGAGAAAGAGUGCGCGCGAAACAAAGAGAGACUAAAGAAAUAUGUGUUUUUCUGCCGGAUGCUGACAACGGAUGAUGAGGAAUGCAAGUGGAUGUUGCCGAUGAAUGAACCAAGACUAAGCGAGAGAUUUGCUGAGACGAUUUCAAUUGCCUGUAUGCCUGUUGGUAAAAAUGAGUCUGCAGCUUUUAUCCGUAUGAUUGAGAGACUAAACCCCGAGGAGAGAAAGGACUACUUCGAUGGAUGAUAAUCGUGAAAGAAAACUGAACGCAAGAAGAUGUGAGAGAUAGUGAGAUGUCAAGAGCACGACACAGAUAUCAAGAGAGGUUGAGAGGAAGAGAGGAACACGUGUACGAGUGAGAGGAACGAGAGACUCAGGGAAAAUUUCAGAUGAAUAGAAUAAACUGGCUGUAUGAUAUGACGCAAAAGGGAGAGAAAGAGCGAAACUACUAUUAAACAUGCGUGCGUGCGUGCGUACGUGCGUGCGUGUGUGUGUGUGCACAUAUGUAUGCGUAUACUUGUAAGAGAGAGAAAAGAGUACAAGAGAUUUUUAUGGUAAUUUGUCGUCAACUCGUUGCAAAGCUCUCGCGAGCUUCUCAACGAUGUACAUCAAAUUUCAAAUUGCGGUUUAUAGCCAGUGCUUAGAAUCGUUAAUUUUACGUAUGUAUGAAAGAUAAGGUUUUUUCUUAUGCAGUAAAGUGAGCCGUGAGUGAACAAGCGAGGGAAAACAAGAGAAGGAAAGAGUGAGAGAGAGAGAGAGAGAGAGUGAGAGUGCAGAAAGUCAGGGAGAUUACAGAAUUCAACUGUGUGACCCCUAUGGUCCGAUUGUGCUGCGCAAAAAUUUGCGUGACCUGUAGUAGUAUGAAAUCAUCUUGUGUAUGUUACUUUUUCCCCGUACGUGAACGCCUGUUUGCUGUUGAUUUAUUAAAGCUAAUAUUUUGCUGGCAUAAGUGAUUUAGUUGUAUCGAAAGUACCGAAGUCCUCGUCCGGCCUGAACGUCCGUUGGAGCAAAUGAUACCGAGUGCUCAAGAAACCCCUUCACAUAUUCCCCAGCCUCCCCUAGCCCUUAAUACUCCGUGUGCAUUUUAGUAGUUGGUCUAGCAUUUUGCGCGAUCACGGUAUUCACGAGUGAAGCAGACGAGGAGCUUUUCGCACUGCCAUUGGAACAAUGCUGCACGGCUUGUCCAGACAUUUUCUAAACACUCUUCCUUCCCUUUGUAAGACGUCUGGGUCACUCGUCGGAGGUCCGUUCUGAGAUCGACGAGAUCGUCUUUCGUCGCGCAUUGCCGUGCAGGGACGCCUCUUCGUUUGUGCUCUUGCGCGACGGGGAAGUUUCUUCGCGGGACUUUGAGGAAGUACCGUGAUCGCGGAUUCAAACGGACCGAGUUGAACGGGCAAUGGACGUUGCUUGAUGUCGUAGGCUGAGUAGAAAUUAUACUAGGCCUUUCUGUUUCUGGAUGAACAUGGAUUCCCCGUUUACGGUGAAAUUGACCACUUUGAUUCGCGAGGCCGUGAAGUGCUCCUCCAUGUUCGACCGGUAUGUCUUAAAUACUCCGUAUCUCUACCUCCGCUUACACCGCGUUCUCAGUGACAUGAUUCUCGGCCGUGCCGAUCGCGAAUUAUCAUCAUAUCGUUCUCUCGCCGCGCGGUCUCUUGUGAAUCUUUCCUACGUGAGCCACGUUUCAAAUUUCUAGCUAUAAUAACGCAAUACGAAAUUACGUCACGUCGUCGUCGAGAAAUAUGUCUGUGGUAGUGCCAUGCAUUCCAAAUACCUUUGCCAGGCGAAUGUUGCCGGUUCUUUCGCAUAUUUUGUAGAUUUAGUUCGUAUAUCUUAUUGAGAAUUGUGAGAAUAUAUUGAGAAAUGAUACAAGGAGAGAGGGGACGAUAAUGUAUAGUAGCGUAAGUCUCAAAUUUUUCAAAUUUAUAACGCGGGGCAAGCGUGUUUUGACAAACGUUGGCACGGAGAUGCAUAAUUCUCGAAAACCUUACUGGUGUGGUUUGUUUGAUAACCGGGAGCGAUAAAUGCGUCGAAUUAUCACGUCGAUUGAUUUAUCUCUGCGUCCCCACAAGCCAGACUUCGUGUAGUUUUAUACUUGCACGUCGGCGAGACCGAUACAUGUUCAAAGCGCGCUCGUGCUUUUAUUUAUAUAUUCAUAAAUUACUUUGCACAUAGUGUGAUGACAUUUAUUAUAUUGUCUUGCAUAAGUGUUGCCACGAUAUUAUGUAGCUCAAGUUUUUAUGAGAAAUAUUUUAGACAUUUAACAUGUUCACAAUUGCAGCAAAAUGAGUUUUUGUUUCUAUUAUCUGUCUAAAGGUGUACGCGUCAUUUUUUUAUUUAUGUAAUUACAUCUGUUAAGUACGGUAACAAUCUGAUGAUAGCGAUAAUAAUGUACUGUCUUUGAAUAGAUAGUUGUAACAAGUAUUGCCAAACUGUAUAUAAGGAAAGAAGAUACAAUGAUUAAUUUGAAUCAAGAUAAUAUUAAAGCUUAAUAAUGAAGAUAAUAUAUUAAAAUCACUUUCCUAAGAGAGAUGAAUUAUUUUUUUAAGAUUUUCAUAAAUUGCAGAGUAAACCUUCUUGCAAAGAUACAGGAGAAUGUUUCAAAUUUGUGGCAAUAUUUAUUCGAGGAGUUGUGUAUGUAUUUUAAGACGAUUGCGCUAUAGCCAAUGGUUUCAAAAAAUUCAUUAAACAUAUCUGUAAUGUAUUUUUUUUUUAAUAAUAAACUACACAAUAAUAAAUCGAAGAUACCAAAUAUAUUAACUGAUGUAGGUGCACAAAUCUGCGCGCAAUCGUUAAAUAUUUUAUGUACAAUCAAUAUUAAUUAAUUUUAUUCUCAUCUUUUUUAUGUUUAUCAAGAGAAUCGAUUAUUCUGUUGUCAAAACGCGAUGCCCUGAAUGCGGAAAUUGGCCAGGAUUUGUUUCGAUAACUCAUUAUUUCAGCAUGGUUAUUACUGACGACGAUUAGUAGCAAUCACGAUCCAUAGCGAGUCUUGCUAUUACAAUGGACUGAGUAAAGAGACAUGAGAAUCCUUUUUUUUAUACAUUCCAUGUAACAGAGAUUGUGUGGAAAGAGAGGAAGAGGGGGAGAGAAAGAGAGAGAGUGAAAGAGUUGACGACGGAGAGGACAGCGGUGCGUGUCUUUCCGCAUCUCGUAAAGAACUCGAUCGCUCGCCUUUUCUUCUGAUUCGCAACUGAGAGUUUGUGAGUGCGAAUUUGCAAUUUCUAUGUAUGAUGGUUAUCGGAAUUCGCAGUCUUAAUUUUGAUGUUUAAAGUCGAUUACUCUUUUAAAAUUAAUUUGAUACGACCCAAGGAUCAGCUGUUAUCUUAGUAUUGAUUAAAUUGUAUUCAUCUACACAGGUUUAUUGUUUUAUUAUAUAUUGUUAUAUUAUUUAAUGUUUUAUUACAUUGAACUAACUUGAUGAAGAGUUAAGUUUGAACGAAAAAGAUCAAGCAGAAGAAAAGUGAACGCUCUUGAAAAAUCUAAAUGAUUUAUAUCUUUUUGUAUAUGUGAUUUUUAUAUAUGUGUAAUGGUACGCGUUAUAACAGGAAUUAAACAAAUGAGAUUAGGCGAUGUGUUUUGCAAGUAAUGGGAUCAUUUUAUUAGAUAUGAGUUUUCUUUACUAGAUUACAUUUAAACAUUUCAUAUUCUGAAAUUUCGUAAUCUAAAAACUAUCGAUGUUGCUUUUCUGAUUUAUCGCACGCUCAAAAUACUAGUCAUAUAAUUAUAGUUUUUUUUUACAUUUCAAUUGUAAAUUUUAGCAUGUUUAUUAAUAAUAACAGCAAUCAGUAUUCUUGGAUCGAAAACGCAUUUCCAAAAAAAUCAUCUUGAUAUCGAUUUAUAAUAAAAUCGCUGCGAAUUGCGUCGCCGGAUCUGUUAAUGAUGGGGAAAAAGAUAGAAAGAGAAACUCAAGUGAAAUGCGAGAGUGAUGCGAAAUUGCUAGUGGAUGAGUGAACCUAAGAUUUGCAUUGCAAGAGAGAAAGAAAGCAGAGAGAGAGAGAGAGAGAGAGAAAAUGGGAGUUCGCGAAAGACGAAGUGAGGAGAUAUAGAAGAGACAAAAGAUACGAAAAUGCAAAAGAAAAAAAGAGAAAAAGAAAUAAUAGAUAUAUAUGCGACUGUGAUCUUUGAAGAGAGACUCUCGUAUGUGAGGGGUCGACAUUCUGUCCCGAAAAGAGCAUGAUACUCGCGAGCAUGUGGCCGUUUCAUAUCGGUUGCAGAGACAAGACUCUGGCGAACGAUCCUGAUCCAGCAUAUCUUACGAUCGAAGCCCACCUAUUUCCUUCUACCUCGAACAACUUGAUCGAGCCUGUAACGCACACGUCGUCGCCAGAGGAGAACACAUUCGCGAGUAUUGUGCUCCAUCAGGCUGGCUUCGUAAUGGAUGCCCGACGUCGAACGAGGAAUAAAUCUGAUCCUCUAGAUUAGACGUCUCUUUACUACCUCCUAUCUCGUAGAUCAGGAGACUUCGAAGUCCUUUUAGCAGAGCUUCGGGAGAUCCACACCGAAACGAGACGAAUCCUAUGUAUAUUCCAAAAAUUCUCGCAUGCCAAAGAUUUUUUAAAUAUAACGAAGGGAGGAUUAACGCAAGACGUGUUAAUCCAACGCGAAAAAUUAUUGGACUCUGAUCGUUGUCCUGUGGGUCAUCACUGUAGGUAGUAAAUCUUCAGGGAGGUUUUCCUCGUGUGGGAUUUACGCAACGUUUUGUCCCUUAGGACAGAAUUUCCCACGGUGAUGACAUCUUCGUGGCGAUCUCGAGGAAGCGAUACGAGACGUCCCUGCGAUGGAAGGUUUCUGGUGUGUGAUGACGGAGACUUUCCUGAUAGGCACGCGAAGCCAGCCUGGAAGGGAAUUCAUAAUAGCACGACAAAGCGAUUGGUCUUGUCGACUAAUUAGUUGUUUAGCCUUUUCAUCGUCGAGACUCCUAGAGUGCGUGCGAUGCUUACUAGAGCGAACGUACGUGAUGAGCGUAUUUUACGUAUAUUUAAACAAUCGUGUGCAUUACGCUGUAUCAGUGAUGAUGUGCGCUGUGAAGUAAGGAGCGAAGUUUACUAGGGAUGCGUUGAUGAUAAAGAUGACUGAAGGAGUGGAUCGGGGAGCGAAGAUGUUGAUGCUGAUGCUGAUGAUGUUGAUGUUGAUGAUGUUGAUGAUAAUGCUGAUGCUGAGGAUGAUGAUGAGGAUGUUGAUAAUGAUGUGGUUGGCUCGUGAUUCGUCGUGAAUCGCGGCGUCACGUUCGAGAACGGGAGAACGGAUCGUCGUCGUAUGGAGAAACGAAGGCAAAGCAAACGUGUAAAAGUAAAUAUAAAUUUUGUAUCGCGGGGCGGGCCGGAUCGCGCCGCCCGUUGGUUUGCGGGAUCCUUGGAAACUUUCCUAGAGAAAUGAGAUCUCUAUAACGUUGAUAAUCUAAUCUAAUCUCCAUUUACUCUGAUGCAAAUGUAUUUUUGGAGCCAAAUGUUUCUAAUCGAGUUUCUAGGAAAUGCCAGAGACGAGAGGGACUAAUAGCACAUAUUUCUUAUCUUCCUCUCUCUUUGCGGUUGCCUUUGCAGUUAAAGUUAUCGGGCAAUUUUUACUUUAGAAUGUACAUAUACAUGUAUAUUUUGAUGAUAUUUUUUAGACAUUAUAGAUGAGCGCAAAGCAGAAUUACCUUGCACUAAUAGUAAUUGCCAGCACAUUCCUAGUCUUCGAAGUUUCCACGUGAUCUUGCGGGCUUCCUGGCGUCCUCGCGGCACGCUGCCUGCCUGCGGUGUCCUUGUACGUACGAGACAAUAUUUUCGAUAAUAUUUUUUAACGAUCGAGUCGCGAAACACGAGCCCAACGCGUAGAUCUGUUGUUCGAUUGCGCUUGAUUGCGCGAUGGUGGCGAUUGACGGUAGUGUAUUGCAAGAGUGGAGAAGCGAGUUCUUCCUUGUUUUUUUUUUUAAUCCUGGCGAUAUUGUCGAAGGGGAGAGAAUUCUACUUUAAAAGAAAAUGUUUUUAAUCACAAAACUGCAGUUGAACUGGUGUGUCUUUUUAUUCUGCUCGGCGUCAAUUUCCGCAGAGAAUCAUCGAUGUUGCAAUCUGUCAAUUAAGAAUCGCGUGUUCCAUAGUAAUUAACCGUAACAUAUUAAUAUAUUAAAUAAUAGUUUCAAUAGCAGCCGUAAGGGAAAGAUCCCUCUGUUAAAAGAUAAAUAAAAUUCGGUAGAUCUCUCGGUAGAUCUCUCCUUCAACAUCGCCGCGAUACAGGAAUCGUCUUAAAGUGUCCUCGCUUGAGACUUCUUGUGAUCCAUCGGCGGUAAUGACGUCCCGACGUUUUUUUUCGGGGUGCGACGCCGAGAGCGAAGCGAUGCCACCGUCGCGACGAGAUGGGCGAACUAAUUAAAAGAAAAAAAGAAACAAAAAAAACAAAAAAAAAGGCUGCAUGCGUGGAUGACGUCUGGUGCGCUGUGUGAGAGAAUGCCGAGUGCUGCUGCCGAUCGAGAAUCGAUCGGACCGAGAUAAUUAUAAUUGACGCGUGAUGGGAAGAAAAUGUGUCUCUGGGCGAUCUAUAUAUGCGUGUGAAUGAAGCGAAAAAAAGAAAUAAAAGGCACGAUGCUGGACGGAUGUCCGCCUGCCGCCGUUGCUCCACCCUCUCCUCCAAGCAAUCUCCUGGCACUCGAUCCGCCGAUCUCCGUAGAAUAAGGCCCGCGAUAAGAGAACGCCGAUAGAGGUUCCUAUUAGCGUUCCGCAAUCAAGAGAAAUCACGGCCUAUCGUGAGGAAUAAUCAUAUCGUCGAUUUUCGGUCGGUGUUCCUUGCAAAUCGGAUGUAAUCAUCGACAUUUGCUCAACUCGAUGUCCUCUUUGCACUUGCGAUCGGCAUCGAGCUAAGGGAAGAAAAAGCAUCAAAUUCGCCGCGCCGAUUGCGCCGGCACGUAUCAUUUUUGGUGGAUUUAGGAAGGAGUUAAGCUUUGGAAAAUGUGAUAUUAAUGUGAUGACAAAUGAGACUUAUUUUUGAUUGAUCGACUGCCACGCUUGAGGAACUUUAUUUUACGAUAUCGGAAUCGCGAGAUAUUUGUGUAACAAUGGUGUGAUAGUCGAUGUAAAAAGGAUUUUGUGAUUUAUAUAGCGGGAUAUCGGAUAUUUUGAAUCUGGAUCAGAUGAAUACGAAGCCAAAAUUCUAAAUGCGAAAUGUAAUAAUGAUCGAAUCAUCUACUGUACGAAACAUUUGUUGGGUAUUUAUUGGUAUUUUAUUUGAUAUAAAGUGGAAACUUAGAUUUGGAACUAAAGAACCAAGUGAAUGAAGACGAUAUUGCAGAUUACAUGGAGACGAAUAUUUAUAAUUAUAUCAUGAAUUCUAAGAUUAAAUUUGCGAUUAACUCAUCAAUAAUUUAAAAAUUAACGAUAUAUAAAAUUGAUUGGAGUUUCUUACGUGUUAAUAGAUUGUUGAUGUGAUUAUAAUUAACUUUUCGGCAUUUGUUUGUAUUCAGAAUUUAGGAAAAUAAUUUAAAUCGCUCUAAUGAAACUUUCUUAACUCGAAUACAAUAUUCCUUCUUCUUUCACUUGCUCGUUCGAUUGUAAAUUUUGCUCUUCACGGGCGUGAAGAGCCUAUCAAAUUUUACAAAAAAACGGGAGAGGGUGCGGCAUGUCCGCGUGGUGCGAUAAUGCACUGCGUGCGUUAUCGUUUUAUUUCUAUUUGUUUCGAGUCAGUCGUGUGGUGCUUGCGAGGAUUGUGUUUCCUGUGGAGGUUUACAAUUGACAACGAUAAUGUGACUUCGGCUACAUCGCUUACGUGAGUGCCAGAACGAUCGUAGAAUGACUGAAGGACGAUUCUUUGGCAAGUGUGUCUAGGCGUAUAAUUAGUCACAUUAAUGGUCACUCGAUUGCAGGCCUUGAGGUCUCGCCGCAUGGAAAAACAGAAAAACAGUAUAAUUAGUCGAAAGUCCUCACGGAAUUGCGAGGAUACCUUUUUCGACGAUCACGGGUUCUCGCAGUGCAUCGUGCACGGUGCAUCUUGCAGGAUCAAUUCGAUUGCAUAUCACUCAAGACAUUAAUGUGGCUGACUGUACCGAUGAGUGCAAGAGACAAGAUUAUACGAAUCGCCAAGCGACAGUGCCAUACAAUUAUCAAGUCAUUUCGACUGCUGUUUCUCACCGUUUGAUUUGGCUUUCUUCAGAGACGCGAGCUUCGAAAGAAUGCGAGAGAAGCGCUCGCGCCUCAUUCAGGAAUGCGUAUCUCGAGAGACGAAACGAAAUCCAAUCGGUGGAGAUUGCAAAUUGCUUCCUGUUUUCAUUUCUCAUGAUUUCCAUUUCUCUCAACACACAAAACAUGAUGGCCCGAAAAUAAAAUUCCAUUUGGAAUCUGUACACACACAGUGAUGCCAUUAUUACCAGUCGUCGCUCAAAUAUACAAGCACAACUGA